AUGAGACCGUCCCUUCAAACUGUGAAACAAGUGAACCAAAACAAAAUGAAUUGGUGUGAGUUUCAGGCCCUCAUCGAGUGGUUGCACCUCAACAUCGACUGCGAGAGCAAACCGGCGCCCGAGAGGCCCACGUCUGUGGCCUGGGAGGUACGCAAGUCGGUGUCCGGACACAUGACCUUUUGGCACACCUUCAGCAAAAAUGGGGGGUUUGAGAUCACUGAUUUGCCACCAAAUGGUGCCCAGAGUUCGCCCCAAAAGCUAUCUAAUGACCCGCCGAUUGAUAGUCACGCGAAGAGUGCCAACGAGUCGAUAGUCAGCGACAGCGGCAGUGAGAAGGAGAACAGUUCCCCUAAACCGGCGCUCAAAGAAACUGACAAAGACUUAGACUCUAUCGGUAGCGACGGAUCGGUGACGUCGGAUAGCGCUGAAGAGCGCCCACCCGUUGCCGCCAAAGAGCGUACCGUUAGUAUCGACGGUGGGGUGAGAGCGCCGACAGGCAAGCCUACGAUUGCGGCCAAAGCCACCAUCAAGUCCUCGGUGUCCACUCCGACGCUCAAUACGAUGACCACUAGCUGUCCGUCAAAGCCGUUAAAUCCGUUGGCGCAGACAUUCAAAUCGCGAUUACAUCCAAUGGCGCCGUCGAGUACUACCAUAUCAUCGCAUCCGCAGUCGAAACAGCAGCUGAAAACCGCCACACCAUCGCCGGCGGUGGCGGCCAUUACUACCAUCACUACUACUACUACAGCACCGGUAGCUCAGACAAAACCAGGACAGGCUCUUAACGGUGCCGCUACUGCUCCCGCAGUUUCUGUCAAAAGGUCUGUGGCCUCGGCUUCGCCAGCGGUUCCCGCGCCGUCAGUGGCGGUCAAACCAGUGACCACUCAACCCGUUUCGCCGCCAAAGAGCGAGGUUAAGGGAACCGUUCCGGUGAUGAACAAGUCGUUCGCCAGAGAGACGAACAGUUCGCGGGCGAAGAGUGUCCGCAAUUGCGAUACUAAUAACAACAACAAUAAUAAUAGCAAUAAAAACCACAAAAACAAUAUGGCGUUCACUAAAGGUUUGGCCAGAAGUCAGUCCAACAUAUUGUCGCCGAGAAAUGGGAACAACACUAACAAUAACAUCAGUAAUAAUAAUAACGGCAAAAGUGGCCACAAAUCGUCGGCCAACGCAACGGUCGCCGCGAAUAACGCUAAGAACAAGCGGUCGACGACGAAAGACGCUGACGGGUGGGAAGUGGUCGGUCGGGGGCGCCAGCGAUACAAAGUGUCGCCACCGAAGGUGAUCAUUAUGGACGACGCGGACUCGGCGGUCAAGACAACGGCCGACGGAACCGUUUACGCGGUGACCGCCGCCGUACAGACGACCGACGCGUGGGAUCCGAUGUCGGGCUCGAUGUCGGAGUCGGCCGACUCGCUCCGGACGCCGGGCCGGGCGCUGAAGAUACACGAGAAGCUCUCGUCGCCGAGCCGUAAGCGUAACGCCUCGCCCACGGAGUCCAUUAAGAAACACGAGGAGAAGUUGGCCAAAGCACAGGAGGCGCGCGAGAAGUACCUCGAAGAGAAGGCCCAGAAGUUUAAGAGUAUUUUCAAAAAGUGGUCACCCUAUGGGAGGGGUUUGGGAGGUGUUGGAGGGGCGGAAGAGAUGAAGGCGUGGAAAGAGGAGCAACAGCUGGCGAUGAGGGCGUCGAUGGAGGCCAAGCAUCAGAGGGCCGAAGAGAAACGCCAGCAACAGCUGAACCGCAUUGUCCGCAAAGCGCACGACGAGGACAGCAAAGUGAAUGAGAUUGCGUUCAUCAAUGAAUUGGAGGCACAGAACAAGAAGUACGACAUCUUGAGCCGCGAGAAGGACAGAGAGGCCCGACGGCUGCAGGACAUGCACGACGAGCGCCACCGCCGACACGAGGAGACGAAGGCCAAGGAGGCGGCGGUGGAGGAGCGGCGGAAGGUGUUGGAAGACGAGCGCCAGAAGCGGGUCCAGGAGUUGCAGCAGAGGAGGCGCGAGAAGGACCACAAGAUUGAGCUCCAGUUCCAGGAGAAGGAGAAGGAGCGCCAGGAGAUGGCCACUCAGAAGGUACGGCUCGGUUGUGGGCAAUGGCCGCACAUAUCUGGUCAGGUGUUGACUGCGUUGGAGAGACAGUCGCGUCAGUCAGCGAUGAACGCAUUGUACGCCCAGAAGACCGAAGAGCUCCAGAAGAAGAUCCAACAGAAGUACGACGAGAGCGCGCGUCGACACGAAGAGACGUUGACACAAAUCAGGCAAAAAGCACUCGAGCUGUCGGUCCGCAAGUCCUCGACGGUGGGCAACGAUGACGCGCCCGUAUGCGAGCCCUACGACACCUGCAAACUGUGCCAAUUGUGUCAAGUGAUCAUCAAAUCGGAGGUCUUCCUCUUCGGCCACUUAAGA